AUGGCCAUCAAGGACCAUAUUCCGCACGUCCAAGCAAUGGAGGAGACUCCUGAGCACGCAGUGUCGACUAUCAACGUCAACCGUUGGUGGCGAUACCGCAACCUUCGGUCCUUGAACCUAUGGAUGAUGGUUCCUCUGCUUUCCAUCUUCUCCCAGGGAUUCGACGGCUCGAUGAUGAACGGUCUACAGUCUGUAUCGCACUGGCAGUCCUACUUUGGUACACCCAAGGGAGCAACUCUUGGACUUUUUAAUGCUGCAUAUCCUCUCGGCGGUGUCGUCGGUGUCUUCUUGAUCUCCCCUGUAGCUGAUCGCUGGGGCCGACGUGUGGGCAUCUGCACCGGUGCUCUUGUUGCUUGUGUAGGCGCGGCUAUACAGGGUGGGGCGCUUAAUAUCGCCAUGUUCAUCGUCUCGCGUCUUUUCAUCGGCGCUGGAAGCGUCAUUGUCGCCGGCGUGGGCGCUCCUUACAUCACCGAGAUUGCACACCCCGAGCAGCGCAGCACGGCGACCGCCCUGUUCCUUACCUUUUACUCAGUGGGCUCCAUUACAGCGGCUUUUUGCACUUUCGGAACCUUUCGCAUCAACGGCGAAGCUUCUUGGAGAAUUCCUUCGGCGCUCCAGGCACUGCCAUCCGUUAUCCAGGUCUUGCUGAUCUGGUUCGUCCCGGAAUCACCGCGCUGGCUCGUCGAUAAGAGUCGGCAUGAGGAGGCGCUUGCCAUGCUCAUCAAGUUUCACGGCGAGGACAACCCCUCGGAUCCUGUUGUUGUCUUUGAGUAUAACGAAAUCAUUUCGGCCAUCGAAACCGAGCGUGCCGAUGCCCAGUCCAGCCUUCUUGGCACCCUACGAGAAUUGGUAUCUGGAACCGGCAACCGCAGACGUACAAUGAUCAUGGUAUGGGCGGCAGUUUGCUCUCAAAUGUCUGGAAAUGCUUUUGUAUCUUAUUACCUCUCUCCCAUACUCACAUCGGUUGAACUGGAGAAGGACGUGCAGCAGACACUCAUCAAUGCCACCUCUCAGAUGGUGUCGUGGUUCUCCGCCAUCUACUUUGCCACGCUGCCCGCUAAACUGGGCCGCAGGACCAUGUUUCUAUGCUCUCUGGUUGCCAUGUGGUUUAUUGUCAUUGCAAUCACGGCCGGAAGUGCUGAGUUUGCCAAGGACAGGUCAAACAAAGCUGCCGGGUACGCUGUUGUGGUACUCCUCUACCUCUUUUCGCCUGCAUACAAUUUUGGAUUCAAUGGCAAUCUCGGUCUAUACAUACCUGAGAUUCUACCAUACUAUCUUCGCACCAAGGGCAUCUCGUUCUUCUAUUUCGUGCAAUAUUGUUUUAUGAUUCUAUCGACGUUUGCAGUACCGAUAGGUCUUGAAAAUAUUCAGUGGCGACUUUACAUCAUCUUUGUCGGAUGGAUUGUUGUCGAAUUUGUUGGCGUCUGGUUCCUGUUCCCAGAGACGAAGGGCCCUUCUCUAGAGGAGAUUGCUAUCAUUUUCGAUGGUCCUAGCCAAGCCAAGAAUAUCGACUCCAAUGAUGUUGAAGCCAAACAAGUUGAGGCCAAGAACUGA